GUUUAAUGUGAAAUCAUGGCCGAUCCAAUUGGUAACAUACUUGAACCAGGUCUCAAUGGUUACAACAAUUUGAGUUGGGUAAACAAUUGUAUGCUUCAGCUUGGGUUAACCUCAAUGGCCGAUCAUUUAAUGGGCAACAUAAGCCAAGCCUAUGACAACUCAGGCUUGCCUUUAACUUCAUCUACAUCGUCACUUGCUUCUUCGGUUUCCACCUCAUCUUCACCGCUCUCCUUGUCUUUUCCUUCUUCGCCCUCUUUAACUACUUCCUCUUACGGGUCAUCGUCUCCGUCUUUACCUUCUUCGCUGUCCAACUCUUUAACCUUUAAUCCAGCUUCGACCCUCAAUUCAACUUCGCUAGAAUCUUUAUAUUUAAAUUGUACUAAUUCAACUUUACCAAUUUUCACUGAAGAUGCCUUCAUUGGUAGUUAUUCAGCCUUGGUACUUGAGUUUACCAAAAUUUUGUACGGCAUUGUUUGCCUGGUUGGACUUUGUGGCAACACUUUGGUCAUCUAUGUGGUUCUACGCUUCUCCAAGAUGCAAACAGUGACCAACAUGUACAUCUUUAAUCUUGCCCUGGCCGAUGAAAUGUUUCUCAUAGGUUUACCCUUUCUGAUAGCCACUGUUAAAUAUAAAUCUUGGCCUUUUGGUCGAUUAAUGUGUCAAAUUUACAUGAUAACAACCUCAAUUAACCAAUUUACUUCUUCCCUUUUAUUGACCGUUAUGUCCGCUGAUCGUUACAUUGCCGUUUGCCAUCCAAUAUCGUCACCACGAUAUCGAACACCAUUUAUUGCCAAAUUUAUUUGCCUCACCGUUUGGACAGUUUCAGCUCUCCUAAUGGUUCCCAUUUUCAUGUACGCCAACGUCCUUUCCCAUGAACCAAAGAACACUUUAUCCUGUAACAUUGUUUUCCCUGAAAAUGAAUACAUGAACGGUCAGAAGGCUUUCACCCUUUACUCUUUUACCCUUGGAUUUUUUAUACCUUUUAUCCUCAUCUUUUUAUUCUAUUUUCUGGUCAUCUGUAAAUUACGAACCGUUGGACCCAAAAACAAAUCAAAGGAAAAAAAACGCUCCCAUCGUAAGGUGACCUACUUGGUACUCACAGUGAUUACCGUUUAUGUUGGCUGUUGGCUUCCCUAUUGGAUAGGACAGGUUUACAUAACCUUUCAAAAGCCCAACGUCCGUCACUCAGAUCUUUGUGUAUCCAUAUUGUUACUCGCAGGUUGCCUCUCGUACGCCAAUUCAGCGGUAAAUCCAAUUUUGUACGCUUUUCUGAGUGACAAUUUUAAGAAAAGUUUUGCCAAAGCUUUUACUUGUGCUGCAGGUAAAGAUGUUAAUGCAGCUUUACAUGUUGAAAAUUCAGUUUUCCCAAAGACAACUCGAGGCUCAACUAAGGGUACAACUGGUGCCGGUCUAGGAGUUGCGGGCAAUGCUUGUGUUCCUGGCUGUAGUGGCAGUGGAUGUUCAGGUAAACUGAAUGGUGACCCAAGCGGAGGUUCGAGAGUAGGAGGAGAGACUGAGAUUGCUCAUCAGGGAAGCUCAUUUGGUUGUAAUCUUGGUUCUCCAUGCCAAGGUGUUUACGUUUAUCAUUUAUCGGAUUCGCCGUCAAUGAAUCUUACCCAGAGACUUUUGGUAACCGGUCAAAGUGUUACUGCAAGUGUCAAUGAAAGUGCUCAUUCAAUGGAUAUAAAUAGUUUUUCACAUCAAAAUGGUAACAAGUGUAUUACAAAUUGUUCCCAACAACAGCAACAGCUAAUUGAUCAUGAUAGUGAGGCAGUUACUCUUGUUAAUCUACUUUACCACCAAAACACUACAGAAACAAACAUUAUUAUGACUGAUGAUGAUGAUAGAGUUGGCUUAAAUCAUGAUCAAAAUGAGGAUAACGAUGAAGAUGAUUAUGAUGAUUAUGAUGGUGAUGAUGGAAAUAAUGUUGAGCUUAUUAAUCGUAAUAAAGAUGUUCACGAGUUUAUAUCAUUUACUCCUGAAGCUUCUCAAGGAAUUAUUAAUUUCUCUUGUUGUUCAGAUGAUGAUCCAGUUAAUGAUAAACCAAGGAAAAAUCAUCAUGGACUGUUUAGUUCGAGUGCAUUAAAAUCACGAUUAUGUAAUGGCAUCCGGUCUAAUCGAUCAUCAACCAGUAAUAAUAACAGUAAUAACCCAAAUGAUCAUCAGCAUCACCAUCCUCCAACAGAUCCAACUCAUCUUUAAUAAAACAUUGAAGAAACACCAUUAACAAAGAUAUAAACUAAAAUAAUAACAAUUUAAUAAAUGCUACAACAAAACCAAUAAACAAUAGCAAUCAAGCUAAUAAUGGAAUUAACUGAAUUUUCAAAUUCAAUAUUGAAUAAGAUGAAUUAUAUUCACCUUUGAAUACAAAACAAAAUACAAAUACAAACCAAAACAAUUUGUACUUUCGCAACUGGCGACAUCUGCUGGUUACAUUACAACCUGUUGUUUUUUCUCAAUAAAACACCGAAAUGGUUAAUUCACCAUUAAAAAAGCAGGGUAAUUAAACCAAACAAAUUGGAAUACUAAUUGAAAAGAUUGUAAUAAAAUUGCGAUAAAAAAGCCCAAACUAACGCAUAUAAAUAAGAAAAUAUCAAAACUACUUUGUGUUAAUAUUUCAACUAAUCAUUCUACUUCUUAAUUUAUUAUUAUCUUUAUCCAUGAUUAACUUGACUAUUAAAUGUAUCUAUCAUCAUCAUCAUCAGCCUUACCUAAUGAAUCAAUGUUAACCAAAAUUGAAAAUCAACUUCAAAACCCGCCAUCAUUAUUGAGCCAUCAUUUUGUUUUUGGUACAAACACAGCCAAAUCAAACCAUUCAAUUGACCAAAAGAUUCGGAUAAAUUAUGAUUUUGUUUCCCUGUUUAAUUGUUUAUUGAAAUAAUUGUAUCAGUUUAGGGAUGGAUUGCUUCAGCAAAAAAUGUGAAUUUGAUUCAGUACGAAAUCAAAUCAUUGUUUUUAAUAAAAAAAGUUAUUCAAUUUGUUA